UCUCUGUCUCUAUCUAGCUAUAUAUAUAUAUCUUUCUCUCUCUCUCUCUCCACUUUUUCCUUUUUUCCCGCUUGGCGGACGGAGAGCCAAGCUGGUGACCGGGGAGGCGCGCGUAGUAACCGUGCAUCGGUCUACGUCAACGGAAGUCUUGCCGUAGCACCCGGCGUGCUCUCGGUUACUCCGACCCAUAUAAUCGUCGUGCCGCGGCCCCCGUUCGUCCGCUUCGACCGGCUGCGGAUCUACCUGCGGCGCAGCGAGGUUUCCGUGACUUUGAUAGCGGUGCGAUAAUCACAGAGUAACAAAAUGGCUGCGUUUGUGGCGAAGCAGAUGGUCGGGAACAAGCUCAAUGCGGUUAAAGGCGCGGUAGGAGGCGAAGGAGGUGACGAGGAUGACAAGGAGAAGGAGGAGGAGGCUGAAAGAGAGAGGCAGGAGGCCAUUAGGGAGGCCGAGGAGCGAAGAAAGGAGAAGCAUCGCAAAAUGGAGGAAGAACGGGAGAAGAUGCGGCAAGAGAUCAGAGAUAAGUAUAAUAUAAAGAAAAGGGAGGAGGUGCAAGAGAUGAUGCCACAGGAAGAGCCUAAUCCUCUCAUGCGAAAGAAGAAAACACCGGAGGAACUGGCAGCCGAAGCUGAAGCCGAAGACGAAGAUGACUUUACCAAACUGAGAAAUACGAUAGAAACGCAAGUGAAUGAGAUCAAGUCGCAAAUUGAAAGUAAGUGUAGCCUCCAAUGAGCCUAUUGCAUCGCGCGGUUCGCGAGAAAGAUGACAACGAUAUCGUACGUUGUUGUCGGACUCGUGUCCGCCCUGCUACCCAAAGGAACAAAGGAGGAAGGGGUAGCGGAAGAGAUAACGAAGCAACGAGAAAGAGGAAAACUGAUACGUAGAGUCACCAAUAUUGGAACGCCAUCGUCGUGUCAAUCAAUCGGAGAUCAAACAGUCGAUUGGUCGAUUGUUGCUUAAAGCAAAGUGAACGACGAAAAUGAGCCAGAAGAUAUCCCAAGGAUUUUUCGAGGAUUCCUAAAGGAUUUUUCAUUGCCGUCACAUUUGGAUGAAACUUUCAAAAGGAUCCUGUCGAGAAUUUCAUCCUGCACAAUAUUUAAAGUUAAAGAUGACAGAAGAAUUAUCUUUUAUGCGGAGAAACGGAUUAUAUAGAAGAAUUGAAUGAUAUGAAAUAUCGAAAAUUGUGCUAAAUCAUGCAAACUACAAGAAAUUGGACAAUACAAGCUGAAAUUUGAAAAAAGAUGUGACCCUACAUUAAAGUCUGAUAACUAGGAAUUGGUUUUGAUAAUUGAAGUUGAAAGAAGAUCAGUAAUUAAACAUACAAAAUUGAGACUUAAAAAUAUUCAAUUCUAAAUUCAAUUCUAAUCCUUAAAAAAUUUUUUAAUCUAAUGCUGGUAAUGUAUCAGUGAUGCCAGUAAACUUAAAAGAAAUUAUCUACUAGGAACCGAACAAUAAAUUUACAACUCUAAAAAGUAUAUAUAUUAUAAAUAUUUCAACAAAUGUAUUAACUAAACAAAUAGCGGAACAUGUUGUUAAAUUUAUACAGUAAAUAGAAGGAAAUCGGAAAAUAAAAUAAAUCAACAGAAUAAAGAAUGAGAUUGAAAGAUGUUUGUUGAGAAAAUACAAAAACCAAUUCUCUCGAUUUUUACGACGAACAGAUAUAAACUUCAGUUCCGAAUCCUUAAAUUUGAAGGAAAUUCUCGACAGAUCUGAUGUUCUUCAACGUAAAACGAAGAGAUCCAGGCAUUGACGACAUUGAAGAAAAGUAAAAUUAAUUAGCAGAGGAAUCGACACAAUGAUUAUCUUGAAAAGAAGCACGAAACAAAAAAAUAGAUACAAUAUGUCUUUCGAAAGAAUGAAGAUCAUGUAGCUAAAUAUCGCGGAGAAGAAUUAAAAAUUUAUAAGCAUAAUUGAUUUCGAAGCAAACAAUAUGAGAAAAGGACAAAAUAUGUGUAAAAAAACCAAGAGGAGAGAUGACUGAAAUAUUGUCGAUCGUCGAUGGUGUUCGUGAAGGAAAAAUGUAUGGAGUAAAAACGAUGUAAACGACGACGAAGAAAAAAAAAGAAAAGAGAGAGAAUGCUGACUCGACCAGAGUGUAAUUUUUUUAUGUAAAAUUGUUGCAAACGAAGUGUGAAGUGAUGUUGUUUUAUAGGAUAAUUAGGUGUUCCGUAGAAUGUGUUUAGAUGUAGUCUAGUUUAUAACAAAUUAAUUAUCUGGUAUGACGAAUGAAGUAUCCAACUGUGGAUACCGAGUUAUUUUCUAUUUAUAGUUCGUCUAGAUAUUCUAUAGUUAUAUGGAGAAUUUUUGGCGCAAUUUGGUGAUUUAAAAAUCAACUAUUGAUUAUUACAGGAACUAAUAAUUCACUCUUUAAUUAGCAACAAUAAUGAGUCGUUUGUCUGUUUAUUUUAUGGAAUUCUAUAGUAUUUUGUCGAAUAUCUAGUUAUUCUGUAUCUCUGAUGAUUGUGUACCGCGAACGCUUCAGAUAUGUUAAUUGAUUCUCAAAUAGGGAUAUAAUAGGUAUACAAUAUUUCUUUGUACUUUAGGAAUGUUCUCAGAAAUUUUUUGCAAAAUGAUCAAAGCUUUCGAUCUAAAUCUAAUUUCAAUCUAAAAAUCUAAAAUCCGACAAUUAUUCAGCUUAGAUAUAUCCAAUAAACUGCAAUAACCAUAUCAUUUUUAGAGUUUUACAAUUGCUGAUAGCUUUUACAUAGCUAGCAAGGAAAUAAUAAGUGUGACCAAUUCGACGACCAAUUAGCUUUUUAUUUUUCCAGAAAGAUAUCAGAAGUAUAAGGCAGCAGGAAGUGAUUGGCUUUUUGCUGCGUGCAAUUAUAUUGUUAUGGUGUGUGUGUACGUCGGUCAGAAAUCGGCUGUCAAAUGGGAAACUUCGGAAGCAGUUGGAUAUUCGAAUAUGGAUCUCGAAACUUCCCUGUUAGGUGGUCAAUUAACAGCUCCAACGAAGCGUUGUACAAAAACUAUACUAUGCUUUAUAUUGUUGUACUUAUAGCCUCUCCUUGUUUUAAUUGCUGUCCUUUUGUAUCAUAUUUAAAUUCUUUUUAUUUUAAAUAAUACUUGUUGCUGCUUUUGACUGUAAAACUAUGGGUUGCUAGCUAUAUAAACUUUUAUAAACAUGAUUUAAAAAGGCACGUUGUAACAUCGCGUAUAAUAAAAAAUUUAGUAAUCAAACUAAAAAUUGAUCUGAAAUGCAAGAUUACACAAUAUAAAAUUAAUUGUAUAAGAAACAAAUACAAAAUUCAAAUCUUCAGAAUUAUAAAACAAGAACGUAAAUAUUAAUGAGCGAAUUUUCGAGAGUGACAUUAUUAAUAAAAAUCCAGAAGUGAUAAUCUUAAACAAUUAUCUAUUCUGUCAUCGACUAAUCUGUUAAUUAGUUUAUCGCCGACUCUAAUGUUAGCCAGUAUAUUGAUUUUCACUAUUUGUAGCCAAUGUCCGUUGUAUAUCCACUAUUAUUACAUACGCAUACAACUAUUAUACUAUUACUAUUUAUCUAUAUACUGUUAUAUUCACUGUGGUUUCACAAUUUUCUUUUCAUAAUUUACCCAAGUGAAAUAUAAUGCAUUGAAU